GCGCGGGCGGCCGCCCCUUCACCGCCUCCCGCCGGUACCGAGCGGUUCGCGGGUGUCGGCGCUGCCCGGUUACCGUCACCGCCGCCGCCCCGACCCCUCCUCCCGCGCCGGGACAUGGACUCCGACUCCUGCGCCUCCCCGUUUGCCCCGGAGGACUUCUCCCCCGCCUCCCGGCGGCACCGCACCGUGGAAGACUUCAACAAGUUCUGCACCUUCGUCCUGGCCUACGCUGGCUACAUCCCGUACCCGCAGGAGGAAACGCCGCUGAGGAACAGCCCCAGCCCUCCCAACAGCACCGGAGGCACGAUUGACAGCGAUAGCUGGGAUCCUCGGUUCAACGAUGCCCCCUCCUCUGUUUCCCUGCCCGCCAAGAACAGAAAGAACUUCAGUCAGCUCAAACGGGCGAAACCCUACGGUUCCCUCUUCCAGCGGGCAAAACCCGGCAACUUCCUGCCAGAGCGAAAACAAAUUGAUAAGAUCAGGAAGAAGAAAAAGCUGAAGAGGCGGGAAACGGAAGCGUCUGCAGAGGAGGACUAUGAGGAGAAGCUGCUGGAGCUGGAGGCUGAGGACUCUUACGUGGAGACACCGCUGAGCCCCUCCUCUGAGGGUGACCCUCAGUCUGCAGCCGAGCACAGCUCAGUGUGGGACUCGGAUACGCCCUCCAGCGUCUCCUACCCGGCCAGCACGGCUGAGCAGGCAGUGGAGAUCCAGAGUGUGGGCAAGAGAACUGUCAUUCGGCAGGGCAAGCAGGUGGUGUUUCGGGAUGAGGACGGCACCGGGGACGAUGAGGACAUCAUGGUGGACUCAGAUGACGACUCGUGGGACCUGGUCACUUGCUUCUGCAUGAAACCUUUCGCUGGGCGGCCGAUGAUCGAGUGCAACGAGUGCCAUACCUGGAUUCACCUUUCCUGUGCCAAAAUCCGCAAGUCCAACGUCCCAGAGGUCUACAUUUGCCAGAAGUGCCGGGACUCCAAGUUUGACAUUCGCCGCUCAAACCGCUCCCGGAUGGGCUCGCGCAGGCGAUUCCUGGAUUAGGGAAAGAGGUGCCUGGGAUGCACUGGGAGAGCUCCCCAGAACUGCUGCUGCUGCUCAGGCUGAGGGUGACAGCCUGUGGUGACAGGGACAAGGAGUUGCUGUGUUGUGGGCAGCCAGAGCUGGAAGAGGCCAACUGGUUUGAACUGCUGCUAGACACCAACCAGCUCGAGGGACAGACUGAGACACCAACCAGCUUGAGGGACAGACUGAGACACCUCUGAGCUCAAGGGACAGACUGAGACACCUCUGAGCUCGAGGGACAGAGUGAGCCCUCUGGGCUUGGUGGGGUUUUGUCUGGUCAGAACUAUGGAUUGGGUGAUGCCUGGGGAAUGUAUAAUACCUUUGAGACGUAUGUUUUCUCAUCCCAUCAGGAAACUGCAAACUUUCUCUGUGCUAAGAAACUCCUCACCCUUCGAAGAGAGAGAGAAAGGGAGGGAAGGAGGAAAGAAUCUGUGUGGAGUCUGAAAAGUAAAUGGCCUGUGUUUUAAUUUUAAUGUAAUAUUAUACUUGCCCAUUUGUCCGUAUAUAUCGACCUUAGGUAUUCUGAGGCUCAGCAGGAGCAUACAGGACCCGUGUGCCAUCCACCUUACCAGGCCCAGGCAGCAGUUCUGUGACUUGGCAUCGUUCCAGGGAAAAGGGGACGUGUCCCUGCACCAGGGGACUGGCACCAAAGGAAAGGGAGCAGCCCUUUCUCUGCACAGGCAGCGCUGGGACACCGGUUUCUUCCCAGAAAGUCUCUUCUUAACGGUGACAUUUCGUGACUUUGUUUUGCAUGACAGGCUCCAGUGUGUGUGGGGGAGAUGCUGUUUUGCUCCGUUUCCCAGCUGUUUGUUAAACUCUUCGUUAAACUCUAAGGUGCUGUUUUAACAAGAUGAUGACUCUCCCUUGUCUCAGCCCAGAAUUCAAACGUGGACUGUCAAAGGGGCCAGUAGUAAUCUUACAGCCUGGCAGGUCUGGUUUAGGAUUUGAUCAUUUCCAUGCAAAUACUACAGCUGAGUUGAAUUAUGUUUUCACUGUUUAAGACUGGAUUUGUAAUCAAAAAAGCAACAGAAUUUUUAACCUAUUGGUUGCAUAUUACACAGAUGAAAGAAAAUGCAGGCCAUGCAGCUAGCGAGGUGGUCAGAAGAUCCAUUCAGUGCAAGGGAAGACAGGAGAGUGCUGAGACCCCCAACACUGUGGUCCUUGAGGGGGCCUCCUGGGGCCUCAGCCCAUGGGAAUUCCAUUCAGAAAGGUGACAGGGACAAGGCUGGUAACGAGGCCACUGAGAUGGUGGUGUAGUUCCAGAGCAAGCUGUAUGCAUCCCACUAAGUCAGUUGACAUUUUUUGAGGUAUUUCACUGAAGUUUUGCCUGAUGAACAGCAUGUGCUCUGUCCAGUGAGACAAGGGGGUGCUGGCUGGUACCACAGCUGUACAGGCAGGAGUGUGUCCAGGCCAGCCCUGCAGAUACACCCUUAGACCACUGCCUUACCUGAGGGCUGGCUCACCAGGAGAUGCAGCCUGGUGAUGACCAAGGGCCUUGCCAGCAAAGAGCCAGGUACUCUCCUUCAGAGGUCUUGCACGGGGCAAGACAGUCAGCUCUGCAGUGCCCUGGGGCUCUGCUGCCGUGGCUGAGGAUGAUGGAGCUGCACAACACACAAUGGUUCCUCAGUCCCACUUCAUUAUAAAAACCCUGCUGGGCCAGGCUGCAACAACUGACUGGUUCUGCAAACCAGCUCCAAAUUCUAAGAUCUCAAGAGCAGGACUGUGGUGUGCUGCCUUCCAGAAGCUACGGGGAACCACCAAGGAGUUUGCCAAAGACUUGUCCCCAAGGGCUGCCUGACUGUUCUCUGCAGCCACAAAAGUAACCAAAGUUCUCAAAUGCUGCCAUUUCACUCUGCAAACAGAAAAGGCUUUGGAAGAUCCCAGUCGCAAGCUGCGUAAGGGUUGGACCUGCUCUGAAAAUUGGUGUGUCUGUGUUUACAGUGUGUCUGCAAUGCAACUGGACCUCUGUGGAACGUGUUCCUGAAGCUUUUGUGGGAGAAAUGGUGAACUGCCAAGCAAACUGCCUCUUUUUACAGAGGUUUGAUACUAAUAGAUGUGAGUGACUCUUGUUGUUACCUUUUCAGAUGUAUCCCAAUAGAUGGUGUCUGACAAGUCCAGCACGUUACAGUAUCAGCAGAGAGAAAAAAAA